CUCCUAAUACUGACAAUUACGACGACACGUGAAGGCAGCGUUUCCCCAGGUUCAGGCUCUCAUCACCAACCGUUCAUUUCAUUCCUGAGAAGAGUGAACUUACGCACAGUCGGUCUGCUGGCGGUUUGUAGGUCGGACAUGGACAAAAACAUGAUGAGAAACUUUCUUCAUUAGGCGACUAGGAGCUUUUAUUAUUAUUAUUAUCAUAAUUAUUAUUCUAACCUGACAUCCAGCAGCAGUGAGACGCUGCAGGCUCAGUCUCACUUUGCGUCCAUUCAUUUGUUUCUCUGCCCUGUGAAGUUGCGUUAACUGAGAAAAAAGGAUGUCGAUGACCAUGAAUAAGACUGUUCAACUUAUUACAGGACUGAUCAUUGUUUUCCAGUUUCAAAUAAGCUUCAUGAAGCUAAAAUCUGCAUAUGGGGUCUACCGUACUGACACGCAGGGGCUGUCUCCUCCAGAGGAAAGGCCAUAUGUAAUUGCCAGAAACCACAAAUCCAGAGAGAGGAGGUGGGCAUCCAGGCCCAGGUCUGGGACCCCUGGCUGGGCUGCAGAUAAGAGGGGCCACUACAGAGACCAGCACCUGCCGGAAGAGUCGAACCCAGACCUGCUGAUGGAGGAGGGACACGACGAUUCUACACAGAUUGUGGACAUUGAUCACGCCUACUAUACGUCUAAAAUCUACGGGUCUGGAGACGCAGCCAGUAAAGAGCUGUGGGUGAACAUUGAUGAGAUGGAGGAGGAUGACUGGAAGGUCCACGGCUUCCUGUCCAGCACCCACAGACAGGCUGAGAGAGUAAAUCUUUCCUUCAACUUUCCUUUCUACGGUCACAUAUUGAAGGAAAUCACCGUGGCAACAGGAGGUUUCAUUUACACUGGAGAUAUAAUCCACCGAAUGCUCACAGCCACUCAGUACGUCGCUCCUCUGAUGGCGAAUUUUGACCCAAGUCUUUCCAAAAACUCUUCUGUGUUUUAUUGCGAUAAUGGCACUGCAUUGGUGGUGCAGUGGAACCAGAUUCACCUCCAGGACAACGUCAAUCUGGGAACUUUCACCUUCCAGGCCUCUCUGCACAGCGACGGACGCAUUGUCUUUGCCUACAAAGAGAUUCCGUCUGAAAUCAGCAACAUCAGCACCGAGAAUCAUCCCGUCAAAGUGGGCUUGUCGGAUGCUUUUGUGGUGCUUCACGAGAUAGAGCAGAUCCCCAAUGUUCGGAGGAGAACCAUCUACGAAUAUCACAAAGUCGACAUCCUCAAGUCCAAAAUCUCCAAUUCCACAGCUGUGGAGAUGUUACCUCUUCCUACAUGUCUCCAGUUCUCCAGCUGUGGUCCAUGUGUCACUUCUCAGAUCGGCUUUAACUGCAGCUGGUGCAGUCGGCUACAAAGAUGCUCCAGCGGCUUUGAUCGUAACCGCCAGGACUGGGUUGACCUCGGCUGCCUGGAAGAGAGACGAGAUCCCCGGUGUCUCCGAAUGACAGACGUCACAAACGCCACAUCUGGCCACCUCACGCACACAACCACUCCAGUCACUGUGACCGCAGAGCAGCAGAGGACCUCCAGCAUGACCUCCGCCCCCCUCAGCAAGACGUCCACUGUCACAAACCCAUCGACACACAGCAGCAGCACUAGCAGCAGGAGAACAAUAGCCACUCCACAGCCUCCAACCAGCAAACCUGCAGAAGAUGACACAAAGAUCUCUUUCCACAUCAAUGAAACACCAGGAGACAAGGACGACAAAGGAGACAGUGAUGAGCAGCUACAGAUUGGUCUCCUGGCGGGCAUCGUCAUGAUGAUGGUCAUCAUGGCAGCAGCCGUCCUUCUUUCUGUCUACAUGUACAACCACCCGACCUCCAACCCCAGCCUCUUCUUCAUGGAGCGACGCCCGACCCGCUGGCCGAUCAUGAAGUUCCGACGGGGCUCUGGUCGGCCUUCCUACGCCGAGGUGGAAGCUCCCGGUCAGGACAAAGACAGCACGGUGGUCAUCGACCCCAAACAGGCCUUUGUCAUGUCAGUUAGAAGAGAGAGUGAACAGAAAGAAGGAUUCAUAGUUCCUGAUCAGAGGGAGCGCUUUCUCGUCUCAGAGAGCUCCUGACUAAAACUGCAUAUCCCAGAAGGCUUUGGGACGGAGCUGGUUCUCUAUGUGAUGAAGCUUUUCUUAUUUUCUAUUCAGCUGUUGCUCAAGUUCACUUUUAAGGACAGAAUAGGAGCAUUCAGAGAGGAAAACGUCAAACCUCUAUGAGGAAACUGUUACUACAGAAUAUUUUAUGCAACAGUGUGGCUUUAAGACUGAAUGAGCCAUAAGACUGGUUCCCUGUGAUAUAUUUGUGAAAACAAACAUUACAGGAAAAUAAGAGAAAAAGCUUUUUUGUACUUCG